AUGUCUCUACUUGACGCUGAGUGUACUUAUCAUUUCCCCACCAAUGUCUCAUCAACAGGGCUCCCAAACUCUACCACUGCCUCUGGUACGUUUGCUGAAAUAUAUGUACAGUGGAUUCAGGCUUUGCUGCACAACCGAGCCAGGCUGAUCAUCAUCCCUGGAUCUAUCUGCUUCUUCGCAUCUUUGGUAGCCAGUCCGCUCAUUCUAGUGGCCAUUUUUACCAGCAGCAGCCUCUGCCAAGAACCCAGGUACCUGCUGCUCAGCAACACCUUGAUCAGCGACUUGAUUUACUUGGUGAUAAACUUCUGCAUCCAGCUUUGUAACAUUUCCCAGCUCAGCAUUCCUAAGUUGGUGUGUGAAUUGCUGCUUUUUACUUUAACGACCACGAGCUGCUGUGGCUUACUGACAACCACAAGCAUGGUAAUAGACACCUACUUAGCUAUUAACUGGCCUCUGCAUUAUAUCACACUCUUUCCCCCCACCAGGGCUGUCAGAGUUGUCAUAUUUAUAUGGAUUGUGGUUGCAUUUCCGCAGUUCAUCAUCACCGCAGUGCUGCUAACAACCCAACAGUCUCCAUUCUGCAAGCUGACAUUCUGCGAGAUAGACUACGUUUUCUUGACAGCCCCGCAUGGUGCAAUCCUCACCCAACUCUUUUAUGGCUUGCUCAUAGCCCUGUUGUUAUCAUGCGUGUGCUUGCUGCUGAGCUGCUACUUCAUGUUGUACUGGAAGACACGGAAUUCCGGCAUCUGGAGAGGCUUCUCCUCCAGGGCAAGGCUCACUUUUCUCAUGCACUCCGUGGUCUUUGCCUUUUACUUCUGUUCGAUGUUACUGAUGGUCGUGGAAAGGAUUUUUUAUAAUUGCGGCAUGGUCAAAUUCGAGAUGGUCAUUUUCAUAGCCCGCACCAUGUCUAAUAUAAUAAUGAUGGCACCAAAAGCCCUGGCUCCUUACUUGUAUGGAAUGAGGGAUUCUAUGGUGAUUCGAUCACAACAUCGCAGCGGCAAGGAGAGGACAUGAAAGGAGCCUUUUGUUUUACAGGGCUAUAUGUGUCUCUUACCACUUGGAAAAUGUUUCUGAAAAUAUUUGUUUUUAAUGGAGCGGGAAGGGGAUGGCGUCAUGCUUUCCCACAUUGAACACCAUCCACCCAGUUCUGUCCACCUGCUUGUGUCACUUUGCAACUUUUUGCUUCCAAUUCUCUCUGUGGCCUGGACCUGUUUAUGGGCACCUUGUCAAGGGGCACACCCAUGGGCACACCCAUGCCCUCACCUGCCAUUCAGUCACAUUUCACCAAAAUAAUUUGAAACAUCUAAUUACU